AUGGACAGCGUUGAUGGAAUAUAUCAAAGGCGCAGCAAAAUCAAAAUCUUUUUCUCCACUUUGAUGGAAAAAACCAAAGCAAGGGAGUAUUUUACAUGGAAUCUUUUAAAGGUAUUAUUCCUUGGUCAAGGAUUAUCCAUGUUAUUGUGUGGAACUGGAAUCAGCAGUCAAUAUUUGGCAGCUGACUUUGCUGUGAACACCCCAUUACUUCAGAGUUUUAUCAACUACUCUCUAUUGUGCCUGGUUUACGUGGGAAUAUUGGCAUUCAGACAGGGUAAUGACAGUUUAUUACAAAUACUGAAGACAAAGUGGUGGAAGUAUCUUCUGCUGGGAUUAAUUGAUGUUGAAGCAAAUUACUUGGUAGUCAAAGCUUACCAGUAUACCACCUUAACAAGUGUUCAGCUCCUAGAUUGCUUUGUCAUUCCUGUGGUGAUGCUCCUAUCCUGGUUUAUCUUGCGAUCGAGAUAUAAAAUCAUCCACUUUGUGGCCGUUUUAAUGUGCUUAUUGGGUGUCGGAAUUAUGGUGGGUGCGGAUGUACUAGCAUCAAAACAAGAAGGAUUAGGUAGCAAUAAGUUGCUGGGAGACUUCCUAGUCCUGGGUGGUGCUGCACUUUAUGGAGUUUCUAAUGUGUGUGAAGAAUUUGUUGUGAAAAACUUUAGCCGUGAGGAGUUCCUGGGAAUGCUUGGCUUAUUUGCAACCUUCUUUAGUGGUAUACAACUAAGUAUUCUGGAACGUCAUGCAAUCGCAAACAUUAAUUGGAGCUGGCAAAUCGUAUUAUUGUUCACUGCCUUUGCUGUUUGCAUGUUUGGAUGGUAUAGCUUCCUGCCACUUGUGAUUAAGAUCAGCAACGCCACCUCAGUCAAUCUUGCGAUCCUAACUGCAGACCUCUACAGCAUCUUCUUUGGGAUUUUCUUAUUCCACUACAAGGGCUAUUUACUUUACUUUUCAUAUGAACUGGACUUUCCUAUAAAACCGCUCGGGGAGAACGGGAAUAGCAGCUUCUGCAAUAGUGAGAUACAGCAGGGACGGCAGCUUUGUAAGGAGUUAGAGAGAUUUUCAGUACUGUAUGUCCUGGCAUUUGCGAUCAUUAUGGUUGGAUUUGUUCUUUACAACACCACUCCAUCACACGUUGCCGAGGUCCAGAUUCAACAUCAAACUGCAGCCAGUGGAUUUGAUGACUCUGUUCGUGUAAAUUACAUCAAUACCCAAGAACCUACUAUUCGUUUUACCUCCACAGACCACCCUGUGGUUACAGUUGUGCAACUGUAA